AUGAGACAAGGUCUGCUUUCCUUAAAUAGCGUUUCAGAUUAUUUAUAUUCUGGAAUCUCAAUAACUUUUGUAUUUUCUAGUGAAACAUACGAACGGAAACCUGAUCAAAAACACCUCCUGAUGCGGCCAAAAUUUACUGAAACCGUUAAAAAUAUAUUGAAAUGCGAAGAACACUGGAACGCUUGGAAAAAUGAAGGAUGUCCACCAUUCGAAAGACCAACUCCAGAGUCUAGUGCUGACAUGGAAGAGUUGAGGAAACCAAAGAGACCAAGGCGUAGAAUUGGAGAUAUUAGAGAUGCUCAAACAAUAGGGAAAUAUCACAUUGGAAACUGACACAAUCGGAUAUAAAAUUAGAAACGGAAGAGACUCCACUACCGGAAGUGAACGAUCAAGAAUUUAACGAAGAUGUUCUAAAACAAGGAAGUGAACAAAUUGAAGUUGAAAAUACGGAAAAAGACGAAAAUUAA